AUGUCCUCUGGCAACGACACCAAGCUCCCUGUGGCGGAGAGUCCACGACCCGACCACGACUCGGCCAGAUCUAAGCGGCGGAAACGCCCAGCUUCAACAACCCCGACUCUAGGAAGAUGGAUUCUGGCUACUAUCACAUGCAUCGUGCUAACCGCUAUUGUUCUUAUUCUCGCCUCUGGAACUGAACUCGGCAAUCUGACUCUCAACGAUCUGGGAAAGAUCGACGCGUCCUGGGAGGUGUGCAGCUUGGUUGUGUGGAAGAUGGCUGAAAUGGAACUCGCUUGGCGCAUGGGGUUUGAUGCGCGAGAUAUGGCAUCUUUCUACGCCAUCUCACACGUUCCGAUAUUCUCCCUGCUGUCCUCUUUUUAUGCAGUUCGACCAACGACAAUGUUGCUGUGGUACACGAGCUCUGUGGUCUGCCCCUCGCUCCCAAUUAUCUUCAUGCGGUCAUUCUCUUCGGUGCACAAUCGGUCUCGCGCUCUGCCAGGUAUAGUGCCGAAUCGCUCCAUCCUUCAGGAUCGCCUCACGUCGAUUUAUACUACCCUUGUACCGUCAGCUGUCUUUUCCCUGGUUCUGUAUAUCAGCUACAGGACCUGGCUUCCUGCGUACCUUGUCGUGCACUUUGAAGGUAUCCCGAGCAUCGCGGCAGUCCAUGCCGGCCCCGCCACUCUGCCGACUCUUUUUGCCACGUUCCUCCUUCCUGGCUGGCUGGUGCGCGACUUCCUGUUUGUGAGCUCGACGGGAGCACCGGCGGAUACCAAGCUCCAGCCGUCGGCGGGCCGUCAAGGCGAAUACCUGAUCACAACCGUGUAUCGUCGCACGUGGGGUGUCCUUUCAACCAAGACGAAGGUCCUCGUAAAGCGAACGGUUCUUCUUGCAGUAGCUGCUGCUGCUGAUAGCGCCAUACAGAUACCCGUAACCGUCAAGGGGGCCGGCUACGAGGGUGCUGUAGGAUGGGGCGCUGUCUGGAGUUUUGCAAUAUUGAUUAUUGGGUUGACAUACGGUUGGAUCGAAGGAGUUGAGGGAGUCUAG